AUGCUAGAACCUCGUUCCCACCGCGUCUCAACGCCCUUUGGCUACGGCUCGCUGCAUACUGAAACCAACAUUAACCCCGACGCCGGAGACGGGAUUGAAGAGCGUCCGAGCGACACCUGCUCGGAUGGACCGCCUCCUACAGUGCGCCAAGGCUUUGCGCACGUUGAGUUUCCAUGGGGCCAUGCUUACGUCCACACCGACUUGGUCGCGGCCGUUCCCGUGUUCACGUUCUAUGCGCUGUCUCGCGCGCAGCACGUGAAGUUCUCUCUACCGUUUGCGCUCACGAGCUCCGGUCAGGACAUGGUGGACGCCGUGCGGCGGGAACUGGAGCUUGGUCCAGACAUUGCCGUCGCCCUCGUGCAGACGGACUCGGUGAGCAAGCACGAGAUUGCGCCGCAUCUGACGCUGGGAGAGUCCACUAUUGGAGCGGGACGAGAGCACCCGGUUCUAGUAUUGCAGACACCUGUUAUGCAAUUUGACAGGUUUAAGUGUGCGGACUUUAUGCGCUUGCAGGAGAAUAACUCGCAGGCUGUGCAGGUGACAAAGGGGUGUGGAUCGGUGCUUGGCACGUGCAGUGUGACGUGUGGGAUCAAGUACUGGGAGGUGCAGCUUGGCAGUGUACACGGUGGCGACGGGGUCUUUGUAGGGGUCGCAAGAGAAGAUGUAGCGCUUGACACGAGUCUGUUUGCGACUCGCGGCAGCUGGUGGGGCCUCGCGUGUGCGACUGGGCACAGGUUCCACACUGCAAUUGAGUAUUACGCCGAUCCAUGCAAAGACGGAGACGUCGUGGGCGUGCUGCUCGAUAUGGAGUUAGGGCGACUGAGUUUUUACGUGAAUGGGCGGAAUCUCGGAGUUGCUUUUACGGGCAUUCAGGUUAAGCGGCUGUAUCCUGUCUUUUCACUGACGUUCAUUGGACAGCAGAUUAAAUUGCUGCCAACAGCAUCACCUCCGAUGCCAUAG